CCCGAUGUCAGAGUUUGACAAAGUCCUGCGUGACGUGUCCUCGGAGCUGAAGCAGUGUGACUGGAAACCGCUAGCCAAACUGCUCGGCUUGGAUGACGAGGAUCUCGCCGCGCUGGCGUACGAGAACCACGGAGACCUGCUGGCUCAGAAGCAGCAGAUGCUCCUGUUAUGGAAGCACAAACAGGGAGACGCGGCCUCCCCAGACGAGCUGUGUCUGGCCCUGGAGCGGGCUAACCUGGCGCUGCUGGCCGAGGAGGUGCGAGCGUACGCGCGGUCCAACCCCAGGAUAUCCGGCACGUCAAGCAUCGUGUAUCCAGGAGUGAAGAGAAAACCCUCAGCGGAUUUGCGGAAGUCCGGCGGGCCGUUCACCCUGACGAACUGUGUCGCCAUCAAAGGGUCAAGUCUAAAGUUACAGACGAGAGACUCGGCGAGAAAACAGGACCCCGCGGAUUCAGCAAGACCUAAAACUCAGCAGUCGAGAGGGUCCGUGGGCCGACUGGGCACUCCUGGACAGAGGAAGAGAAUAGGACCGUUUAAAAGAAUAGGUUUUAUGGACAUUCACACGGUAAUCGACCGGGCUGUUCCGUCAGACGACACCCCUCCCGACGACAUGCACGACAUCCUGGCCAACAUUAACGAGGGGUUCUUCAGUUUCCUCAUGACCCGGAUGGAGGAGAUCAGCCACGUGGUGGAACAGCUGGAGCGGACGGACGGGGUCGUCGUCUGCAGGGUUCGGCGAGGCUCUCUGCUCCUUACCGUAAGCUGUAACGGAAUAGAGUCGCAGCGAGCGCUGUGGAGUCAGUACCUCGGCGGAACCCUACACGAGCUGAUGCAGUCUUCUCUAGUGAACGAGAGAACGCUGAAGGCGGCCGGGGCGCGCGAAAUCGUCCUGCAGACCGCCAUUCAGGAGGAGCAGUACCACAGAUGUUCGUCCCAGCUGCGCGGCAGUAAGGGGCUGAGCAGACCGAGCACGUCGCCGCUGGGCCUGCUCUCCCCGCCCGCCACGCCGAUAGUCCCGCAGCUGCACGCCCCGGCCCCGCCAACCCCCACCCCCAAGUCCACUCCCAGGCACUCUCCCAGGGAACGGCAGACAGGCAGAAGGCAAAUUGUCCGCGGAAAAGGCAGAUCGCCGAGAGAAGGGGAAGACGCUGUGGAGAUCAGCAUGGAACACCACCUCAGGAACUUCUGCAGAGGGAUCAAGUCGGCUGAGGAGUCAUACAGUUACUUCGCACUGGAAGUGCGCAGAUUCGUGGAAGCCCUGAAGUCAGUGAAACCGGUCAGCACCAAAACCAUCUCCACCCUCACAGAAGUCGAGGAAUUCGAGCGAAUCCUGAAAGACCAGGGUUCGAAAAGCGUCCACAUGGUGGAAGAGUUUCUCAUCAUCGUGCGUGACUUGUCCAAACUCCGCGUGCACGUCUUGGAAAACAUCUGGGCCAAAAUCAACUCGAGUCAAAAGAUGGAGGGGAGAACGCAGAAGAAGACUAAAGAAGACAUUUGGGCAUCGUUGCAAAAGUGGGGAGCGCUGUUGGCCAAGGAGACAGACUUUUCUGAUCUGCAGACAUCGAAGGCGGACUUUGGGAACGUUCUGAAGCCAUUUGAGAUGAAGUGCUAUGGCGGAGUCCUGAGUUUGGUACCGGAGGUGUUGGACACGGCUAACUGUGUGGACGAUCUGUUGAACAGUUACCUACAAUUCAUCUGACACUGCUCAAGAACAAACGGUAAAACCGGACUUAAAAAGAUGCAUAAACACUGUUCCAGGUCUGAACGAUCUUGAAAGUUCAUCUGUGUUGACUGAAGUCAGCACAAGAAAUUGGACUUAUCC